UGAGUAAAUACUUUACAAAAUUAACAUUUAAUUUUAUAGAUCAUUAAUUUUAACUUAGUUUAAAAAAUCAACUAACCCAACUGUUAAAAAACCUAUUAGUAAUACUCAUAACUGAUAAACUGAUUAAUUCAAUGAUAGGUGAUGCGCGCGAGAUACAACUCUGUGCGUCGAUCAACUGACUGGAGAUUAUUUUAUUCGAAACUUCGAAUGACAGUUUACAUUAUCGUCCUAAGGCGGUAUACGAUUCUCGCGUAAAAAUUUGUGCCCGCUGACAAUUAUUCGCGGAGGCAAGUCGCCUCAAUUAGCCUCAUUGCCUCAAUUGCACGAGAAUGACACAGGAAUUAUCUGGUAUAACCAUAGUGAUAUUUAUAGCAGCGGGCGUUUUGACAGUAUUAUUGCUGUUUAUCUUUGCGAAACGGCAGAUCAUGAGGUUCGCUUUGAGAUCUCGUCGAGGCCCCCACAUUCCUAUAGGACACGACGCAAAAAAGUCCUUCAAAAAGGAAAUAGAGAGGAGAAUAGAAGUGAUACCCAGGAUCCAAUAUGAACCGCAGCUGAUCAGCGACCCUAGGUACAUUUUGACACCUGGGGGACAAGUACCGCCACAUUAUUACAGGCUGAAAGCGGUUGACGAUGUUAAAACCUUAGAGGCAGAGAUCACGAAGUAUGACAAUUGUCUAAAGAGACAUCCCUCAGAGAAUCUGAGGGCAUAUCUGCUCACCACACUUGCCACUCCGUUAAAUGGAAGCGGCCAGCGUUUAAUUCAUCAGUUCUGUGAUUUGUACGAACACGCCAGGCACGACCCCACUGAGUUUGGUGACGAGGAUUAUCAAGUGUACACUCGCCUAUUUCUGAAGUUAAUGGAUGCGGCGCGUUUAUUGAAGUCAUAUCCGAGCAGUAGGAAGUCUAGCCCUAGUCGCACGCCAAUCAAGAAAAGCGUGGAGACAAAGAGAAACAUUCUGGAGCCCAGGAUGCGUCCACCUGAAGAGCAAAUCCUAAUUGGCUCGAGACCCAAUACUUUAACGGUGAUGACGUUAGACAAUAGUGAGACGUCCGUGUAGCAUUAUGAGUGCCGUCACAUACAGCAUAUGUGACGAGAAAAAUUGUAGAUAGAUAUAUGACUCUAAAGUGAGUUUAUAUGAAACUACUGCGCAAAUGGAACGUCCGAUUUAGUUAGGAGUUAUUAAUAAGCAUUUCUACUUUUACUAACAGAUGCACCCGCGAGCUCGCCAUUCUAUUCAAGUUACGUAUCAAACGACAUGUAUUUUGUAUACAACGAGAUACGUUUCUUUUUCUGUGAUUUAUUUUAUAUUUAUAUGAAUUGAUAUUUAUACAAGUUAGCCUUAUAAAAUAGAGUUGUCGCGUUCUUUGCACCGGUAUCGCUUGUAAAAUAUUUUAACAAAUACUGAUCUGUACAUAAGAAAUAACGGUGUUUAGAACUCGCCGAAUUAGAAUAGAACGAAAUUUUUUAAACCGUUUGUUUCGUAUGUAAUUUUCUUUAUAGGUGAUAAUAAUGUUAAUACGUAUCAUACGUUCUCUUCCCCCAAUUGACUAUAAAUAAUUUUAUAAUAUUAAAAUUUACACAUGUUCAGUCGCACAUAGAUCUACAUAUCUCCGAUAGAAUUCAGAAAAACAUUUACUGUCAUUAAAAAAUAAUAGAAAGUUAUUCUUUCCUCC